AUGGAAUCACCCAAGUCAGACACCCGCCCGCUCUUCUCUAGACGGUCAACCGGCUCCAACAAGUCGCUUUCCCUCGACCUCACCUCCUUGCCGCCUCUCGUCCAGCCCACGCCGCCGUCAAACACUCUCCUCUUCACAAACCUCAACGACACCAAUGUCUUCCGUCCCGAUAACCUGCAGACCAUUCGCGACCUGGUUACCAAGACGGCGCCGAUUCACUCAUGGGCACCUCUGAAGUCCUUCCGCCGAAUUGUCGUCUCCUUUUUCUCGGAAGAUGAUGCCAUCGCCGUCCGUCGCAUUUGGGACGGCGAGGCAGUAAUGGGCGAGCGCGUCCGUGUCUACUUUGGCCAGCCCACUCCCGUUGAGGUUACCGACCGCCACCUCGCCCUCCCCGACGCCGGCAAGCUCUUCUUCAUCUCUCCUCCCCCUUCGCCACCUCACGGUUGGGAGAUGAAGCUCGAGGACGCUCCUAACAAGAUGGUCCACGCCGAGGAUCUGGCAGACGCUCUCGCCAAGCUCCACCACCGCCCCUCCGGCAUCGAGACACCCAUCAGCCCUGUCGACGGUUCCCACCAAACGCGCAGCCGCAGCUCAACGCUCCUCUACAAGCCUGAUGCCCAGGGUGCCAGCCCCGAUCUCCCCGCCAUUUGCCUCGAGGAUAUGACGGACGAGCCUAUGGAAAUCAGUCCCAUCGAGAACAGCAAGCCCAUCAUGGCGCACACUGCUCGCCCGCCAGUGGAGCUCAUGCACCACGCAUGA